GAGACUACACUGUUGAGUGUUUUGUGGUCAGACCGACGUGUCUUUUGUAACCUAUGGUUUUCAGGUAUUUGCUGGCGGCCAUCACGGGCUCACUGGAAGGAAUGGAGGAUAAAGUCGUUUGAUGUGAGACUUUUGAUGAGCAUUGAUCGUCGCUCUUAUAGAAAUAACGAAGUGCAUUGUAUUCAAACUGUGGGUUGGUUGCCUUGGUGACCAGUAUAUUGACAUCGGUUUGUUGACACUUGGUGUAUUUCAACAAAGCAACAACUAUAACUCCGCCAUCGUCUGUGAUGGGUUUCCACUCUCUGACGUGGCUAGUUAGACUUGUUUUAGCAACAGGACGUCAGAGGACGUCGUUAGAACUCGGUGUUGUUUUUAUGCGGUGGAAAUGUUUGGUUGUAGACGGAAACGGUUGUGGACGUCUUUGAUAGCUGUGGCCAUAUUGUUCGCAGUCAUGCGCUAUACUCUGCACCAUUAUCAAGACUUUCAUGAGGUUAUGUUCCAUAAGCAUGUACAUGGUUUUUCUGUCAAUAGACUUCUUUGUACGGCAGCUUUAAGCGGACGUCAAGGUCAGGGAUGUGUUUCCGAUCAAGGUCACGGAAGUAUUUCAGUUCAAGGUCACGGAAGUGUUUCUACUCAAGGUCAUGGAAAUUUUUCAAAUCAAGACCAUUUAAAUGUUUCAAAUGAAGAUCACGCAUUCAACACAAGCAAACUCCCGCAAGACAAAUUCCUCCCCCGAGACACCUCACUGAUAGGUGCAAGUGUUAUUUCCCGAUCAAAUGCGUCCUGGUCACGUGACGGUAGCGCGUGUAUUGGAGAUACUAAUUUCGUGAAAACAGUUUUACACUCUCCAGCUGGAGACACACCAAUCUACGUUCACCCUGCGACGGAGGAUAUUUGGGUGUCUGCAACAAUUAUAAAGGGAGACGUGUGGGAAGGGGACUUGGUGACAAAGUUCUACAACUUCUUCAAACAAGAUGACGAUCUUGUAUUGGUCGACAUCGGCGGGAACAUCGGCGUGUACGGGUUAACUAUAGCUAAAAUGGGGAGAAAGGUUGUACUAGUCGAACCUCUACUGAAGAACGUGAAGAAACUCUGUCACUCUAUACGUGACGGUAAUUACACAAACGCCUACAUCGUCCACAACGCCGUAUCCAACACAAGGGUCAAGGUCGCCUUAGGGAGCCACGCCAGGAACGUCGGUGGCACAUACGUGAAACCUGUAACAUCAGACAGCGAGGAGACAGCGCAGACCAUGUUGCUGGAUGAUUUACUGGAGGUGUUUCAGUUCUACAAAGUGGCAAUGAAGAUGGAUGUUGAAGGACACGAGGAUGAAGUUCUUCUCGGUGCGGAGACAUUCUUCUCCAAGGUCGACGUCAGGUAUGUACUGAUGGAAUGGAACACACACCAGAACAAACCGGAAGCUAAGAAUAUCAUCGAGUUCCUCACCAAGCACAACAUGGUACCCGUACACCCGGUUAAAGAACAUAACCUGGCCUUGAACAGAUCCGGGAAAUGGCCAGGUGAUGUGAUAUGGAAGAAAGGUGCAUGA